AUGUUCACCUCUACCGUCUUCCUACUUGCUUUGGCUGGAAUUGCGCGGGCGCAAACCCCCCAGGGCUUCACGCCCUCCGUCAACACAAAACUCGACGUCUUCUUCAACUCCACAAGUGUAGCCACACCCGGUCAACGACUCAAAAAAGCCACCACGGCAUCCCAACCCCAACUCGCCCUUCCCGCCACCGCAAACGUCUCCUCCUCAGACUCCUACAUCUUCGUAAUGAUAGACCUCGACGUCCCGCCCGCAGAAGGCCAAACAACCCGCCGCACCAUCCUGCACGCCAUGAUCACCGACUUCAAAGCCACGUCGCAAGCAGUUGGAUCCAGCGGCUCGCGACUCCUCGCGUCCCAGGAGAAAGGCCCCGCAGCGUACAUCGGUCCCUCGCCGCCAGCGACAGACAGUACGCCGCACCGCUACGUGGAACUACUAUUCCAACAGCCCGCGCAGGAGUUGAGUGUCAGCGAGGCGGACUUCGAGGACAUACAGUCGAGGAUUGGGUUUGAGAUUGAGCAGUUUGCGCAGCAGAAUGGGCUGGGGGAGCCGCUGGCGGCGAACUUCUUUACCGUUAGUGGGCAGCCUGGUGGUGGUGCGAGUGGGACGGCGGGGAGCUUUGGUACGGCGACGGGGAGUGGGGGCAUCGUGAGGAAUACGCUUGCACCUGAGGAGUUUGAGGGGAGGGCUGGGAGGGUGGAUUUCUCGUUGGGGUUUGCGGGGUUGGUUGGGGGGCUUGUUUUGGCUGUCGUGUAG